UGAAUUGGACUCGGGGGCUUUCUGCAGCCGGUGGGGCAGAGCGGCGGCCUCGGCGAACGCGAGCAGCAGCGCCCCCGCGACCCACCCGGCCAGCCUGGAUCCCGGGCCGCCGACGGCCGCUCGCUUCCUCGCCGCGGGUCAGCAGCCCCCGGCCCCACCGCGGUCCCUGCAGCCUCCAGGCGAGGGAGUGGAGCCCCCGCGCCGCGCCCCGGCCCCGCUGCGCCAGCAUGUCCUCGACAGAGAGCUCCAGUCGCACGGCGGACAAGUCGCCGCGCCAGCAGGUGGACCGCCUGCUCGAGGGGGUGCGCUGGGGGAGGCUAGAGGAGCCUCUGGGCUUCAUCAAAGUUCUCCAGUGGCUCUUUGCUAUUUUCGCCUUCGGGUCCUGCGGCUCCUACAGCGGGGAGACAGGAGCAACGGUUCGCUGCAACAACGAUGCCAAGGACGUGAGCUCCAUCAUCGUUGCGUUCGGCUAUCCCUUCAGGUUGAACCGGGUCCAGUAUGAGAUGCCCCUCUGCGACGAAGAAUCCACCUCUAAGACCAUGCACCUCAUGGGGGACUUCUCUGCCCCUGCUGAGUUCUUUGUGACCCUGGGCAUCUUUUCCUUCUUCUAUACCAUGGCUGCACUAGUCAUCUACCUGCGCUUCCACAAACUCUACACGGAGAACAGGCGCUUCCCGCUGGUGGACUUCUGUGUGACUGUCUCCUUCACCUUCUUCUGGCUGGUAGCUGCCGCUGCCUGGGGCAAGGGCCUGACCGACGUCAAGGGGGCCACACGGCCAUCCAGCCUGACCGCAGCCAUGUCCGUGUGCCACGGAGAGGAAGCAGUGUGCAGUGCUGGGGCCACUCCCUCCAUGGGACUAGCCAACAUCUCCGUGCUCUUCGGCUUUAUCAACUUCUUCCUGUGGGCCGGGAACUGUUGGUUUGUGUUCAAGGAGACCCCAUGGCAUGGGCAGGGCCAGGACCAGGACCAGGGCCAGGGCCCCAACCAGGAGAGCGCAGCUGAGCAGGGAGCAGUGGAGAAGCAGUAAGCAGCCCCCACAUUGGCUACUCCCGAACAGGACAGCACCUCUUCAACCACCUCCGGCUUCCAGGACAUCCCUCUUCUUCCUCCUCCAACUCCCCUCCCCCAUCAUUCUGGGCUUUGAGUUCUGAGACGUCGAUGGAUGGUCAGACAUCAGAUGUCAGAAACCUGGGCAGCCCUCCCAGUGGCCUCCUAUCCCUCCUCUUACUGGAGCCCCGGAUGGCAGGAGCUCAGUGCUUCUUGUCCCCUGCCUGGACACAGGCAUCUUACUUGGGGUCUUACUCACACCUUCACAGCCUCUGAGAACCAGCCUCUGCUGCAGUCAAGGGUUGGGGACAGGAGACCAGAGUCCUGAGACUGGUUCCUAGCAGCCACUUCUAUCAACCUGUCCAGCUUCAAUAAAAGUAGAAGGAGGGGAAAUUGGCUGGCAGCCUUCUCCCUGGUCCCUUGCAUAGAGGCCCACCAGUGGUUUAGUGACCCCUCUUCAAUGGCUGUCAUCUAGGCCCCGUGUCUGCACUGAUCUCCAGUCAGCCGAGCUCAGUAUGCUUCUCACUCUCUCCUCUGGCCUCUGUUUGACCACAGAAUCCACAAUGUGUGAACCCGGGAGGCCAACUAGCCUGGAAAACAGCCCUUCAGAGGGUCCUGAUGAGGCCUAGACUCACGGGGGGGAGCAGAUAAAUUGCAACUGAGUUGCAGCUUCAAGAAACUAAAGCCAGGAAACUUUUUGGGGAGUCAGUUUCUUCUAUUCCUUCAGUUCUCCCACCUCUCUAGACUGGGGCACUUUCCACCAACACUCUACUCAUACUUGCCCUGGAAACUCCUUACCUUUCUCCCUGUCCUCCUUCUUGGGCUUGGUCUCACACUUGGGACACGAGAUGAGGGGUCUAAGAGCAUCUCCAUUUCAGCCCUCCCCCACUCCAACCUCUCUGUCUAUCUCUCCCUUCCCCAGCCUCCUGGGUCUGAGGCAUUCAAGAUCCUUUUUGAAGUCUGUCCAGCCCUUCCUUUCAUUCCUGUGGGGCCAGACAGGGACUUUGGAAGGGCCCAAAGGACCAUCAUGAGGCUAAGCUGUCCCAGAGCCCCUGGAUAUGGACGGAUGGGCCCAUUUUUUCCUCACACUCUGCUCAUUAUUUUUUUCCCUCCCUGCUCCUUCUCUGGCCCCUCUUUCAUACUUUCCUUUCUCACCUGUAUGAAAGGACACGCCCUCUCGCUUUGCCCUCCAUUCCUCCCCUGCUUCCUCAUUUCUCCCA